AUGGCGUUUUGGGGCAAGAAUAAAGGCAGCAAACAGCCGAGAGUUUCUGUCGCAGGUGUGGAACCAUUACGACAGACAUCAACCACGAACUCAGAGUUCCAGCUAUCAGAAGCAGAAAAGAUGGAUCUGGUGCGCCAUAAAACUCCCCAUUUCUCUUUUCUCGGCUCGACCGAGAUUUACAAUAGGCUGGCUGGCAACAUUAUUAUCAGAUCUACAAAAAGCACAUCCGAACUAUGCGAUUUAUCUCCCGCUUCGUAUCCGCAAUCCUGAAUGCACUAAUGAUUGCCACACUCUCAUAUACUCUCUAUUCAUAUUUCACGACCAAAAGUCACCAAGUUGAUGGGACAUCAAUAUGGGGCGCCUCUCCAACGUUAUGGCCAUCCAUCGCCCUUCUCGCCGUUUCAGCGCUCACGUUCGUAUUGAAUGUCAUAGCCCUCUUUAGCUAUUGUCGCUCCGUUAAGGCCGCCAACAAAGUCAGUAAUGUGGCUUCGUAUGUAGGCUAUGCUAUUUUAGCUAUUCAUGUUGUUACUUGGAUUGCGGCAUCGGCAGCAUAUAGGAUAUUUCGGACAGGUCGGGAUCUAUGGGGAUAUAGUUGUAGUUCUAAGGCGGAUUCAAUCCAAAGUUCUGUGCAGGGGAUCGUGAAUUUUGAUCGCUUGUGCACUUUGCAGGUUAUUCACUCUCUUCCUUCCAGGAGACUUUUUAGUGGCUAGUCUAACGUGUUUAUAGGGACAUACCUGGUUUGUCUCGGUUGCUCAGGCUAUUCUUUAUGUUCUUACAUUCCUGACGACUAUUCUCAUAGUUGUCAGAGCUAAUCAGAAAAAGAAGAUUCGUAGGAUUAGGGAGAGUGUGGCUAUGGAGACGGAGUAUGUGCAGAAUAUGAGUAUGGGUAGGCUUAGACCUUUGGCUUUGGGUGGGAACAAAUAUAUGCCUCUUGUAGGCUGAAUGCUUUCUGUUAAAAGAGCCGAGGGGAUGUGGCGAGAAGAAAUAUGUUCACAUGCAAGGCACUUGAUUUUACUACUUCAACUGCUGGUUUCUCGCUAAGGAUCUUGGAUGUUUUAAUGGAUACCGAGGCGGGCUUCCAUCGAACUUCGCUCCAAUUCGCCUCCUUAUCCUCUCUAUACUACAAAACCGAAGUGCUCAGCACGCUCUCUCUUCACACUCCUUUACAAUUAGAACCCUAAUUGUGUAAGAGACGCGGUCGAUACUCUGUAU